AUGAUGGUUAAAGGUGGGCAGUUUGCCUGCGCAAGUGACAACGCAACAACACCGUCCAGAUCACUGGCGAAAAAGAAGAAGUAUUUUUCGGAGAGGACGAACAAAAAUAUCAUCAAGAAACUGAUCCAUCCAUCCUAUCAAGAACGCGCCGGGCAAUAUCGUCGGCUGUUUGGCUCGAAAAUCGGACCCGAACCGGACGAGUUCCUUGCAUCAUUUUCAUGCGCCUACCAACGUGAAAUACUAUGCCAAGGAAGAAUGUACAUUUCACAACGUCACAUCUGUUUCUAUGCCAACAUCUUCGGAUGGGAGACGAAUUUAGUGCUGCCUAUAGCAGAAGUGGCCGCCAUUACGAAAGAAAAAGCGGCGCUCAUCUUCCCCAACUCUCUGCAGAUUGAAAUGAGAGACGAGACAAAGCACUUUUUCGCCUCGUUUGUCAAUCGUGAGAAAUCCCUUACAGUUCUUCUCAAAGUUCUGGAGAAAAACCAAUCAGGAGAGCUGAUGUCCCCCGAAGAACUUUGGGAAUACAUGAAAGGCGACGACGAGGAGAAGCUUUGGUAUUAUCUGCCAGAGUGA